GAUCAACGAAUAUAACAACAUAGCAUAAUUUUCAUCAUCAUCAUCCUCAUCAUAUCAAUAUAUAUCCAAGAUAUCAUUACUAUUGCUUGGUAUUGUGUGUGGAUAAUCAAUUUGAUGUUGUUUUUUUUCAAUUCAAUCAUAUAAAAAAGCAAACAUUUAUCCUUUUAAAUUCAUUUUUUCCAUUUAUUCUAUUUUGAUUUAAUUGACAAUUUAGAAUUUGUCCAUUGAUAUAGAUAAAUGGCUCAAUUACAACGUUAUUAUUGUCAUCGAUUUUUAAAUUUAUUUCGACAAAAAUCAUUUCAUCAUCAACAACAACAACAACAACGUUCAUCAUUAUUACAAUGUCAUAAUUUUAAUCUAGUCAAUAAUUAUGAUAUCAUUAUAAAGAAACAAUCGAUUAGUACAGCAAUAAAUAAUGGUAUUUUGUUAUCAUCGAAUGAUACACUUAAUCAUUAUAAUGAUAAUAUUUCACGAUCAGUUGUUAUGCCAGAACAGCAUACAAAUAAUGAUCAAAUGAUUAUAUCACCAUUAAAUGAUAUGGCAUAUGAAUCGUUUAUUAGCCAUCAAGAGAUAAGAAAUAGACAACAAAAUCUUAUACUUCUUGCAUGUCAACAUUUAAAAAAAAUUCAACCAUCAUCAACAUUGAAAAAAUUAUCACCAUUAAUAUUAAUUUCAACACCACCACCACAAUAUCAAGGCAAUACAAUGAUACCAGUGAAUGAAUGUAAACAAAAUUCUGAUUUUACCUAUCUAACUGGACUUCAUUCCGGUACCAGCGAUCAACUAACCAGUAAUUGUGUUUUGGCAAUUUUUCUUGAAAAUCCUGAUUGUAUUGAUUCAUAUCGAUCAAUAAUAUUUUCAUCAAAUCGUACAAAAAGUGAAAAACAAUGGCAUGGACCAGAACUUUCUGUACAAUAUGAACAAUGGCUAAAACAAAUCUGUGAUGAUUGUCAACCAUUGACAGAGUUGAUAAAUUUUUUAAAUAAACAAAUAAAAUCUUAUCGUCGUGAUAUGUUUAUUUCAAGAAAAACAUUAGAACAUCGUCCUGAAUUAGUAACACAUCUUAAAUUUUAUCUAAAAUCUAUCACAACAUCUUCAUUCGAUAAUGAUGUGGAAAAAUGGUCAACAAGUUUAGGACAAACAAUUCAAUCGGUUAAUAUACGUGAUAUUUCAAUGUUAAUCGAUCAAUUACGAGUGAUUAAAUCUAGUCAAGAAGUAAAAGCUAUGAAACGUGUCGGUCGCAUUGGUGCAAUUGCUCUCAACAACACCAUCGAAUGGAGUAAACGAUUAUUUUCUACAAUCAACAGUAGUAAUGACAAAUCUUCAUUCACAUUUAUCGAAUCACAUAUUGAUGGAAAAUUUAAUUUUGAAUCCAAAUUAUUGGGUGCUCGAUGUCAAUCAUUUCCAAGUGUUUGUGCAAGCGGUUCACGUGCAACUAUUAUUCAUUAUGGUCGUAAUGAUCAUAUUAUUACACCAAAUGAUGAUAAUUGUUGGAUAUUGACCGAUGUUGGCUGUGAAGAUGUUGAUGGUUAUUGCUGUGAUAUAAGUCGUACAUGGCCAAUCGAUAUAAAUCGAAAUUCGAAUAAUGAUGAUAGAUUUCAAUUACAAUCACAACUAUAUGAAGCAUUGAUUGGAAUACAACAUGAAUUGAUCAAUUCAAUUGUCAUUGGCCAUACCUCAUUAAAUGAUCUCAAUGAAUUGAUGUUAAAAAUAAUGACACGAAUUUUGCCGGAAUUCAAAUUAUUCGAUGAAUCUGUUUCUAAUGAAGAUGUACGAAAUAUUGUCAAACGUCUUUGUCCACAUCAUGUUUCGCACUAUUUAGGUCUAGAUAUUCAUGAUACACCAUCGAUAUCACGUUCAUUACCAUUAAUACCUGGUAUGUGUUUUACUAUUGAACCGGGUCUCUAUUUUCCUACACAAGGAUUGCCAAUCAAGCAAGAAUUCCGUGGUAUUGGAAUUCGUAUUGAAGAUGAUAUCAUAAUUGAACCCGAUACAAAUUCAAUUAUCCCGUUGACGAAUGAUUGUCCUAAAUUGCUUCUAUAAUAAUAUAUUAACGAUUAUUAUCUAUGUAAUAAAUUUUGACAGUAUUUUUAAAAUUUUUUAUAACAAUUGAA